UUCAUUUUCAAAACCUCAGAGUCAGUUCUCUUCCUCUUAUUGUCCUAAUCCAAAACCCAAACUCGCGCAAGAACUGGAUACUCUGGCGGAUUCAGAGACCAAGAACCGAGACGUGGUUCUGAAACUGUAUGACGCCCUGAGAUCUCGAGACGUCGACUCAGUGCACCGCACACUAACCCCCGAUCUCGACUACUGGUUUCACGGCCCACCGCCGCACCAGUUUUUGAUGCGCACGCUCACGGGAGUCUCUCCGACGUUUGAGUUCGUGCCUCUCUCCGUAGUCUCCUUCGGAUCCACCGUUAUUGCCGAGGGCUGCGACGUUGCUAGCUCCAUCUCCUGGAUCCACGCGUGGACCGUCGCGCAUGGGAUAAUCACACAGGUGAGGGAGUACUCUAACACUUCUCUCACGGUUACACGGGUCGGUGACGUUGUUAGCGGACGGUCUGCUGAGAUUGCACCGUCGCAUUGUCUCUCCGUGUGGGAAAGUCAGUUCUCGGGUCGGGCUGGAAAGUCCGUACCGGGUCUGGUUCUUGCUAUUUAAGGAUUUGUUCACGUCAGAGAAUAACAAUAUCUAAAUAAAGACUGCUUACUUGUUGGUUUGUUGUUUAUGGGUUGAAGGAUUUGUGCGGUUGAGACGCGGUGUGGGGUGACAGCAAACGCUGCGUUUUGGCUGUCGCUAGUUCUUCUUUUGUUGGAUAUUUGUGUGUUUUGUGUUUUAGGGGUCAAGCAUGGGGAAACUCAACUUGACUUGUGCGGUUGUGUCGGAUGGUUAUGUUAUAAUUGAAAUAAAAAUGUGCUUUUGGGAUAUUAUAUUCGUUAAAUGUUUUAUAACA